GGCAGCGUGAGGUGAAUAGAGUCAGUCAGCAAGAGAAGCUGGGGAGAGAACCGGGACUGCAAGCCCGGCGGAUGCGGCAGCGGCGGAAGGCGACUAGGGAGACUACUCCAACUGUUGAAUUGAAAUUUUCACCUUUCAUUUCCUCUGCCUCUUUGCUUGCGGGGAUGGAUUUAUUUGGUUUGAAAUGCUCACGUCUUUCUCAGGCUUUGGGGUGAUCCUGACAGGCACCAGAUUGAAAGAGACCACCCGUGACAGCAAAGGGGGAAUUUUUAAAAAAUCCUCCACAACAGACUGCACAAUUAGCUAUGCACUCCGAUGCUGGACUUUGUGAAUAGAGAACACUGAGAGGAAAAUCUUGAACUAUGAUGGGGGCUAAGCUGUGAAUAAUUACUGGAAACGUGAUUUUUUUUCUUUUUCUAAGACUCUGAAAGAUUUUGGGGUGACUCAAGCCUAACCAAGAGGAAAGGUUUAGAAAAAAAUAAAUAAACACACCUAGCAAAGCAGAAGCCUUGCUUUCCAGAGCCUCGGACUCCAGCAGAAAGAGGUAGAGUAAAAGUGGUGCGGGAUUCAGCUUCACCUUCCACCCCCCACUCCCCCCCGCCCUUUUCCACCCAACAUGAACAUGGUUUUUCUUUUUCUAGAGUGAGUCAGAGAAAGCGUUAGGAAGAAGCCGCAACUAAUGUCUGUGAAGGGAGGACCAAAAGGCGAGAGUGAAUACGAUUCGUUCUGCUGCUUCUGACUCAUCGGGCAGAUCAGAACACCUGCAUUUCUGGAUGUGUCAUUCCCGUAUCUCCAGGCGCCUCGUGAACCCGAAAUAAUGUGUAGACAAACCUGUGCCUAACCUCCUCUCUCAGAGGUAGCUUCCUGGGGUUGGCGCCCCGGGCAGGACCGACUGCAGCUCCUCACCCCUGGCCUCCCCUAGCCGCCCAGAGACUGUAGGACAGACUGCAGAAUGCACCACGCAGAACCUUGAUGCUUUUCUCUCGUCCAGCCCACUUCUACUAUUAAUUUUUUUUUGAAGAGGAAAACUCCCUUACUUUAUCCUCUUCAAAUAUUCACCACUUUUAUUCCUCGCCAAGAUUUUCCUUUCUACAAGAAGAGGACUGGGAGGCUGGGCCACUGGAAGGAGAUGCUGAAUAGAAAGAAAAGAGAGGCACUUCACAGCCCAGCCCUGUGAAUGCAGAGACUGUUUCCCUUCUAGCAAGAGACAGGGAGAGUGUGUGCGAGGGCUCGGAGGGUGGCUCCCCCUUCCUUUUUAUUCGGCCUCCCCCUCCCCCUCCAGAUCUGCACGUCCAACCAUGAGUUGCCUGUUGAUUUCCUUUCGCCUGGGAAGAAAAGCAAACUGGAAUUAAACUGCAUGGCGAGAAGUCCUUGCUGGCAGGAAGAGGAUGGGAUGGUAGCUGCGGCUACUGGCUUAGCGUAGAGACAUCAGAGUGUGUUCUACGAUCAGAGGAGGAGAUAGAUCUAUAUAUUUCCCCCUCCCAAUAGACUCACACAGCAAAUGCUGAUCAGGCUGUGGCUUUCUUGAUUUCGGGGGAGAGCCUUUUCGGAGGAAGAGAGGGAGGAGCCUGCUAGGGGGAGGAAACUACAAAUCGGGACACUAGUUCUUUGCGCUGCAUUUCCUCCCCUCCCUUUGGCUGCUCGGAAAGGAGAGAAAGAAAAAAAAUACGCUUGGCUGGGAGAUGCAGUCCGCCGCCGCCGCUACCUCAGCCAGCAAUGCAAGAUUAGAUCUGUAAAUGCAGCAAAACAUUGCCUGAAAACAGACCAGCCUGCGCAGCAAGCAGACAUUUCACAGUGCGCCGGGGAAGCUUCGGAAAUAUUAAUCUGUGACUCUCCCUCCGUUGCUCCUCAUUCCCAUCCAUUUCGUCGCGGGAGACCAGUAAUAAGUAAGGAUUUCACUUUCCGAUCUGCCUGGAGACACACCUCCCCAAGCCCUCCCCCACCCGAUGUGAAGAGUGUUCCGUAGGCUGCCGGAGAGAGUGGAUUUGCGGCACCCUAGCGGGAGCGAGAAAAACCUACCAAUUCUCGAGCUCGUUAUCAUCCCUCUCAGACUCGAUUUCCUCCUUAUCGCCGGCCUCAUCGCUCAAGUUUGAGCCUCCUGAAGUCUAGGCGGGAGAGACAAAGCCCAGGGCUCGCCCUCAGCCGCAGGGAGCCGCCGCCUUGCUCCAAGCCGCUGCAGCUCCGCUGCGCCGCUGCCGCUCACCCGGUGCGGAUGCUGUAGAUCAACAGGUUCAGGCAACUUGAGCGGAAUAAGCAGAGACCGCCUGUGCCGCAGCCCCGGUGCGGAGGAGAGGAAGGACCCACGGACUUGUGGCUCGCCUAGCUAGAGCACGCUCCGCUCGGGCCCCAGGCUGGCGCGCACUCACCGGCUCGUCCCUCCAGUCCGGCUGCUCCUGCCCCCACUCCACCGGUCUGGGAUGUACCUUUCCAUCUGUUGCUGCUUUCUUCUAUGGGCCCCUGCCCUGACUCUCAAAAAUCUCAACUACUCAGUGCCAGAGGAGCAAGUGGCCGGGACUGUGAUCGGCAACAUAGGCAAGGAUGCUCGACUGCAGGCAGGGCUUCCGCCGGCUGAGCGCGGUGGCAGCGGAGGGCGAAGCAAGUCGGGCAGCUACCGGGUGCUGGAGAACUCGGCGCCGCACCUGCUGGACGUGGACGCCGACAGCGGGCUCCUCUACACCAAGCAGCGAAUCGAUCGUGAGUCCUUGUGCCGCCACAAUGCCAAGUGCCAGCUGUCCCUCGAGGUAUUCGCCAACGACAAGGAGAUCUGCAUGAUCAAGGUAGAGAUCCAGGACAUCAACGACAACGCUCCCUCCUUCCCCUCUGACCAGAUCGAAAUGGACAUCUCGGAGAACGCUGCCCCGGGCACCCGCUUUCCCCUUACCAGCGCACACGACCCGGAUGCCGGCGAGAACGGGCUCCGCACCUAUCUGCUCACGCGCGAUGACCACGGUCUCUUUGCCCUGGACGUCAAGUCCCGCGGCGACGGCACCAAAUUCCCCGAGCUGGUCAUCCAGAAGGCACUGGACCGCGAGCAACAGAACUACCACACGCUCGUGCUCACCGCCCUGGAUGGCGGGGAGCCGCCGCGCUCCGCCACGGUGCAGAUCAACGUGAAGGUGAUCGACUCCAAUGACAACAGCCCGGUCUUCGAAGCGCCCUCUUACUUGGUGGAACUGCCCGAGAACGCCCCGCUGGGCACCGUGGUCAUCGAUCUGAACGCCACCGACGCGGAUGAGGGGCCCAACGGCGAAGUGCUCUAUUCCUUCAGCAGCUACGUGCCCGACCGCGUGCGGGAGCUCUUCUCCAUCGACCCGAAGACCGGCCUGAUCCGGGUCAAGGGCAACCUCGACUAUGAGGAGAACGGUAUGCUGGAGAUCGAUGUCCAGGCCAGAGAUCUUGGACCCAACCCGAUCCCGGCCCACUGCAAGGUCACAGUCAAGCUCAUCGACCGAAACGACAACGCGCCGUCUAUCGGUUUCGUCUCCGUGCGCCAGGGGGCGCUCAGUGAGGCCGCCCCGCCCGGCACGGUCAUCGCCCUGGUGCGGGUCACUGACCGAGACUCGGGCAAGAAUGGGCAGCUGCAGUGUCGGGUCCUGGGUGGAGGUGGGAGCGGCGGCGGCGGCGGCCUGGGGGGGCCAGGGGGCUCCAUCCCCUUCAAACUGGAAGAGAACUACGACAACUUCUACACAGUAGUGACUGACCGCCCGCUGGACCGCGAGACUCAGGACGAGUACAAUGUGACCAUCGUGGCGCGGGACGGGGGCUCGCCUCCGCUCAACUCCACCAAGUCGUUCGCAGUCAAGAUUCUGGACGAGAACGACAACCCUCCCCGUUUCACCAAAGGGCUGUACGUGCUGCAAGUGCAUGAGAACAACAUUCCAGGAGAAUACCUGGGUUCCGUGCUUGCCCAGGAUCCUGAUCUCGGUCAGAACGGGACUGUGUCCUACUCCAUCUUACCCUCGCACAUCGGUGACGUCUCCAUCUACACCUAUGUGUCUGUGAACCCCACCAACGGGGCCAUAUACGCCCUGCGCUCCUUCAACUACGAGCAGACCAAGGCGUUUGAGUUCAAGGUGCUUGCUAAGGACUCGGGGGCGCCCGCGCACUUGGAGAGCAACGCCACGGUGAGGGUGACGGUGUUAGACGUGAACGACAACGCGCCGGUGAUCGUGCUGCCCACGCUGCAGAACGACACCGCCGAGCUACAGGUCCCGCGCAACGCUGGCCUGGGCUACCUGGUGAGCACCGUGCGCGCCCUCGACAGUGACUUCGGAGAGAGCGGCCGCCUCACAUACGAGAUCGUGGACGGCAACGACGAUCACUUGUUUGAGAUCGAUCCAUCCAGCGGGGAGAUCCGCACGCUGCACCCCUUCUGGGAGGACGUGACGCCCGUCGUGGAGCUGGUGGUGAAGGUGACAGACCACGGCAAGCCCACUCUCUCCGCGGUUGCCAAACUCAUCAUUAGGUCGGUGAGCGGCUCCCUGCCCGAGGGAGUGCCCCGGGUGAACGGCGAGCAGCACCACUGGGACGUGUCCCUGCCACUCAUCGUGACUCUCAGUACUAUCUCCAUCAUCCUCCUAGCGGCCAUGAUCACCAUCGCUGUCAAGUGCAAGCGCGAGAACAAGGAGAUCCGCACUUACAACUGCCGCAUCGCUGAAUACAGUCACCCGCAGCUGGGCGGGGGCAAAGGCAAGAAGAAGAAAAUCAACAAAAACGAUAUCAUGCUGGUGCAGAGCGAGGUAGAAGAGAGGAACGCCAUGAACGUCAUGAACGUGGUGAGCAGUCCCUCCCUGGCCACCUCCCCUAUGUACUUCGACUACCAAACCCGCCUGCCCCUCAGCUCGCCCCGGUCAGAGGUGAUGUAUCUCAAACCGGCCUCCAACAACCUCACUGUUCCCCAGGGGCACGCAGGCUGCCACACCAGCUUCACGGGACAAGGGACUAAUUCGAGCGAGACCCCUGCCACUCGGAUGUCCAUAAUUCAGACAGACAAUUUUCCCGCAGAGCCCAAUUACAUGGGCAGCAGGCAGCAGUUUGUUCAAAGCUCCACGUUUAAGGACCCAGAAAGAGCCAGCCUGAGAGACAGUGGGCACGGGGACAGUGAUCAGGCUGACAGUGACCAAGACACUAACAAAGGCUCCUGCUGUGACAUGUCUGUUAGGGAGGCACUCAAGAUGAAAACUACUUCAGCUAAAAGCCAGCCACUUGAACAAGCAUUCCCGACUUUGCUUUCCUUUGCUAUCCUCACCCUACACACCAUCACAACUAGACUUCAGUCUGUUGAUCUGCUGCCACCAGAACCAGAAGAGUGUAUUAAUUGCACAGAUGAAUGCCGAGUGCUUGGUCAUUCUGACAGGUGUUGGAUGCCACAGUUCCCUGCAGCCAAUCAGGCUGAAAAUGCAGAUUACCGCACAAAUCUCUUUGUACCCACAGUUGAAGCUAAUGUUGAGACUGAGACUUAUGAAACUGUGAAUCCCACUGGGAAAAAGACUUUUUGUACAUUUGGAAAAGACAAGCGAGAGCACACUAUUCUCAUUGCCAAUGUUAAACCUUAUUUAAAAGCCAAACGUGCCCUGAGCCCUCUCCUCCAAGAGGUCCCUUCAGCAUCAAGCAGCCCCACCAAGGCCUGCAUCGAGCCUUGCACCUCAACAAAAAGCUCCCUGGAAGGUUGUGAAGCAAAACCAGGAGCCCUGGCUGAGGCAAGCAGUCAGUUCUUGCCCACUGACAGUCAGUAUCUGUCACCCAGUAAGCAACAGAGAGACCCUCCCUUCAUGGCCUCGGAUCAGAUGGCAAGGGUCUUCGCAGAUGUUCAUUCCAGAGCCAGCCGGGAUUCCAGUGAGAUGGGUGCAGUCCUGGAGCAGCUUGACCAUUCCAGCCGGGAUCUGGGCAGAGAGUCUGUGGAUGCUGAGGAAGUUGUGAGAGAAAUCGAUAAGCUUUUGCAGGACUGCCGUGGGAAUGACCCAGUGGCUGUGAGAAAAUGAGAGAAGUAGAGAGAGAGAGAGAGAGAGAGAGAGAGAGAGAGGGAGAGAGAGAGAGGGGGGGGAAAGCAUUGGCAUUUUGAAGAAUGAUCUUGGGGACAACCCAUUUCACAGGGAGGAGGAAAGACCAAUGCUGCUUUAAGGCUUUUAGUGAACAUCUGAAGUGCCCACAAGUAUGUUCUUUUCACUGCUGUUUCUUUUUUCAGAGAUAACAAUGGUUUUGUUUUGACCAAACUUAUAUUAGGACAAAAUUAAUGAUGUUUAAAGAGAAAAGAAAAGAUAAGAAAAAGGAGAGAAGAAAAAGGAGGAUGAGUAUGCCACUUACCUUUUGACAAUCUGUUAGAAAGGUAUGCAGUGUGCGAAGUGAAGUAUUCUGAUCACUCUAAGACUGUGCUCCGUGAUUUAUGCUGACUUAACUGUUUACCUAUAAACCCCAUGCAAAGCAGGGUCGUCAUCUGUGAUCUGUGGUGGAGUUCUAGCAGUCAUCACAGGCUUCUACUGAAAGUCCCGAAAAGACCUUGCAGUAGUCCAAGCUACACCAAACAUUAACACAUAUUUGUGGUAAACAUUUCUGUAUAAAGUUACCUGCCACACACAUAAACACAAAGAACAUUCCAUAUCAUUAGUCAAAAACAAAAACAAAAAAAACAAGAAAAAAACCCCGAUCAUUUGUAAGACGCCUCAUGUCCUUUAAAGGUUAAAUGUAAAAAGAAAUAGUCCAUUUUGUCCUGCACACACGUAGACUAACUCACUUCAUUAAAGGAGAGCAAAAUUUAGAGAUUUAAAAUGCCUAUUUAGCAUUUUAGUGUCCAACAAAGAUAAAUAAUUGAUUAGUUUUAAAUUUGACAUAGAAAUGUUCCGAAAAAUAGCUACCAUUGAGUGGUAAUAUUCAGAGAAAAAUAACACGAUUAAUAUGUUGUAUUCAUUUGUGGACACUAAAAUAGCUCAGGAAAGUGAAAAUGUCUUAGACGUACACAAAUCACAUGACCAUUUAAAUGUGCAAAUGUAAGAAGAUUCAAUGUGUUUACAUCAAAUGACAUAUUUUUAUUGAUUUAUUGCAGAUUCCGUGCAUAUGAGCCAAAUUGUUGAGUGUAUAAGAGCUAUAUUGUGUAUUUUAUUAAAUUAAUAUAUAGUUGUGUUGCAAAAAUAUUUGGGCUUAUAUUGUAAAUGGCAAGUGUUGCCUCGGUAGCUGUCGAACUCUAUGAGUUUUGUUUUUUCCUGCUUCCUUUUCCCCAUGGAGUGUGGGAAGCAGUGCCUCAGAGCAAAGUCUCUUGUUUAAUGUAUAGUCUACCAAGUACUACAGUACAUAAUCUGUUCAAAAUGUGUUUGAGUGAGCUGAUGGAGCUAACUGAAAGGUCAAAAAGUACAUCCAUCAGUCAUGGUUCUGUGCAAGUCCUUGUAGAAGCUUUUAUUAAAGUCAUGCUAAAUCACAAGAACUACAUUUGUACCAAUACCUGAAACUUCUUCAUGCUGUUUUCCAUAACAAAGGCUUCUGCCUAUGUAGAUAUCAUGUUAUUGGUUGGUUCUCAAAAGUAUCUUAAGUGAUUCAGAAGUGUCUUUCCAUUAUAUUUUAAAAACAUGAAAAAUGCAUUAAUGCAUGUGUGGUACCAGCCCUGGUUACUUACAUUGUAUAGUGUUUUUCAAGAGGUCUGUCUGGGUCUUAACAAAGUCUUUUUUCCUUAUCUCAAUGCUCCUCUGCCUCUUUUUAUUGGUGUCCUUUGAGAACAAUACACCUUCUAUUCCAUCAUUUGGUUGCACCUUUUCUUAUGACAUUUAGCAAGUUUCAAACUUCCUUCCAUAUGAGGCUAAGAAACCUCUAAUUUCAGGAAUUGGGAAAAAUAAAAUUAGCACUUGCAGAAGUAGUAGCAGAUGGGAAAAUGCCUUGAUUGACAUUUUCCGUCAGCAUUGAAAAUUUUUGGCAUUUUAUAGCUUCAUGGUGAAUAGUUUUAAGCCCAUACCUUAGACAAUGUGGUGCUGAGUUAAAUAAAGGCUGUUUGUGCACUGGAGCAGAAAAAAAUGCAUCAUGUGCAAAUUGGUGGAGAAUCCUGUGCCUUCUUUUAUGGCCACCAAGCCAGUGUAGAAACAGCAUAAAUAUCAUAAAAUCCUUAUAUUGUGAACAAAAGCAAAAGCAAAAGAAAACAAACAUUGAACUAAAUUAAGUUUUUGUAAUUUUAAAUCUCAAAAAAUUCUGCUGAAAAUAUUUUCAUCAUAUGACAUCAAGAUUUCAGACUGUACCUCGUUUGCAAAGUUGCUUUGGGAGAGAAGAAUGGACAACUCCCAUCAGCCUUAUUCUCUUGAGAAGUGUAUUUGGUUCCUAGUAACAGCCUUUCCAAAGCUCUACUCUUAGUUUUUAUUAUUUGUAAAUGUUUAAAUUAGAAGAGAAGGGAUCUUGUACAUGUGAAACCUAAUUGACACUCUAUAUUUUGGACAAUUUAUGUACCUGAAAUGUGUUGUCUCUGUUAUAUGAUGUUAUUUUUGCCAGGAGACUACAGGUUGAUUUAGCUUGAUAAUUGAAAUUUGAUGGAAAACUGAUUUCUAUUUAGUCUUAUCAAGUGUUGCCUCUCUCUUACUAGACAGAUAACCAUUUAGUAAAACCUAAAGCUGUAUGUAAAUGAAAUCAACAAAGAGAGUAAGGUUUAUUUUUAAGAUAUUCUUAACAUUAAGUAACCAGUUGUUCAAUUUCUCACACAUGUCUGAAGACAUCAAAACACCAUAAGAUUUUAUAAAUUGAUUGUGCCAAUGUGUGAGGGAUUUACCUUUAGGCUUCCUGUCACCAGUGAUUUACUAGUGUUAGCUGCUUAACACAUUAUCUGUAUUUAGUAGUGAUUAUUUAUUUACAAGUUGGUGGUAAUUCAGCAGUCAGGACUCUAAGCUUUUAUAGUCGAGGAAAUCUUGCUUUUAUUCAUUUCCCUGGCAACUGCCUUUAUCACAAACCUCUGGUGCUUGGCUUCCCAGGAAGCCCAUGAAAUGCCAAAAUCACACCUUUGGGGAGCAAUUGCUCUAAUGGAUGUUUCAUAAUCUGUGAGAUUUGGAGGAGUUUCAGUUUAAUUUUGAAUGUGAAAAAAAAUCUUAAUUUACAUCUUUCAAAUACUAAUCUCUCAAAAAUGUUACACAUUCAAAAUUAAAAAUUUGAUACUCCUUUGUCUUUUAGGUUCUUAUACAACUGAAGUCAAGCACAGUUUAUGGUAAUUUUAGAACAAAACCCAAAGUUCUAAAAAAUGCUUAUGAUGAACUAAAAAAUCAAUAACAAAAUAAUUUUUUAUCAGAUAUGAAUGAUGAAAAUUCUUUCAUCACAGUUAAAAGUAGUAAGAAUCAGUGUUAGUUAUACCUAUACCAAAGUAAACAUUAAAGAGACAUAUCAUACAAUUUCAAAGAAUGAUUUCACAAUAUUUCUUAACCUAACAUUUAUCUUUAUUACAGGCAGCAUAAAAAAACAAUUCCAUAAAUGAAUUGAAUUCCUGGUGAAGAAAUUGACUUGUUUUAUUUCCCAAAAUUAGCCGAGAAGUUGUAAAACAUGAUUUCCCUUUAAAGCAUCUAGACACUGCUCAAUUUAAAAAAUGGCACCGUGAAAAAAGUCAUGUAGCAAUAGAGCAGGAUGCUUUAUUAGAACCAGGUUAAAAGCUGUUUGUUGUCUAAUGGAAUAGAACUUGCUGAGGUCAACAAACAGACUGAGGUCUGGCAUAUUAUAUGCCCACUCGUUAUUGUCUCAUUAUAUUCUUUUGAUAACAGACAGCAUUUAUCAGAGCAUUAAUUCAAAUGAGAGUUUCAGCUAUCAAGAUACGCUGAUUCCAAGCGUAAUUGAAUGAGACCUGAUUAAAGUCUGACUUUCCUGGCCCCAGUGUUUUGCAGGUUAGCUAUUCCCAUUUAUCAGCCCCAUUGCUCCAUCAGGUUCUUAGCUGCACCAAGCAAUUGGUGAAUAAGGACAGCAACAACAACAACAACAAAACAGCAUACAUUUUAUGGAUUUAUCUCAACGCUAUUGUUUAAUGGCUGUGUUUAAUGUGACCUAUCUGGAAAAUGAGGACUCCGAAUAAAAAGCUAUUACUAAUA